CUUGGAUAAAACAAGAUAAAAAGAAGACAGGAAGAAAGAGAGAAAGGGAGAACAUGUGUAUGUAUAUGUAUGUUGGUGUUUAAAUAGGGCAUCUGUGCUCGUGGGCUUUACCCAGAAUUUCCUGUUACAAGGGUCUUGACAGGAGCUCUAAAUAAGAAUUUGCGAAUGUCCUACCACAACAUCCCUGAUUCACACGUCUCCUCUGCAAUGCCAACAAAUGUCUUCUUCCAUGAUACUCUUCACAGAUUGCAACACCCAACCGUACCACACCCAGCCAAUCGCCAUAAGUUGACUCCAAAUGGCCAAUUCUACCUCUCCUGCUACUCGGCCUAAUGUCCUACAAUCGCUGGAACGAGCCAGGAACUGUGAAGACAACGAUGAAGAUCGCAAUAUCCUUGAAGAUGCUGUGACGGAGCUGUGGGAGAGGGUACAGAGUCAACCAGACACUUACGUGUUUACACCAGAUGAAUUCGCGCUCUUCAACUAUUUUAUCGCCCGUUUCCAGGGUUCUGUCGCUCGAGGAGCAGUGGCACGGUUUUGGGACAAUUAUCGAGGAAACACUUCGAGUUUGGGUUGAAGCGAUAUAGUCAAGGCCUUCGACACAACGUCGGUCGUCAAUUACAUGUGCAAUUUUAAAACAUGUUCACUUUGAAGAGGCAGGAAAAUUGCUUCUUAUGUCCAGGCCCAAGAAAAAGAUGCAGCCGUCAAAUUGACGCGAAUAGAACCCCUUUUUUGGGUGUUUUUUUUUUUUUUUU